AUUGCAUUAUUUAUAAGUAUAAUAAAAAUAAAAAAAACAGAAAAAAGACAUUUCCAUAAGUCCUUGCAUAGUAAAUCCUUAAUUAUUAUAUUUUACUUAAAAAAAAAGUAAUCAUGUAAUAUCAUGUAUGUGUUUUUUGUUACAUUUUAUGGUUAGAUUUAAAAUAAUAUAUUUUUACAGUCUUUUGCCCCUUCUUCAAAAAAACAAACAAACAAAACAACAACAACAACAAACACACACACACACACACAAAACAGGCCAUUUAAAGUGUAAUAUUGAGGUUAUUUUUCAACUUGGGGUUUAUUUUUUAAGUUUAACUGGGUCACUUUAAUAAAACAUAUUCAAUUGGGGGGAAAAAAUCAUUCUAUUGCCUCAAACUACAAAGCUAUUAGAGACCAGAAACAGUUUAACGCUUUCUACAUUGUGCCACUAAUGCCAUUGGAACAAAACCUUCAGGCAGAUGGUCACCGUCUGUCUGGUCUGAGAGGUCCCAGUCCCUCCCUCUCUCAAACUGUACAUCAGUGAUGCAACAAUGGAAUAAAAAAGAUGCAAGGACCAUGAUGUCUUGGGUGCUGAUUCUGACAAACUAGAGAGACAAACCUACUGUACUUGUAACAGUAGAGCCCCAGAAGGUGGUGAGGUUUCACCCAAAGCUCUCACAUCGUUGAGGCUCUGAAAGAAAAUCAGAGAUUAUGGAGAGUAACUCAAUACCACCCGGUUUCUGAAGAGAGAGAAAGAGACUGUAAUUAGUUAAAACAAGAUGAGUCGGCAUGAAAAACGUGAUGCAAAUAUAAAUAUCAACUAAAUGUAGUAUAUUAGAUUAAAGUGGUAUGGUACUCUAUAUACACAUAAAAUUCCAUAAAAUUAAUGUAAUUAAUUUAAAAUUUUAAUUAUGCUAAAUUAAUUUAAAAUUACAACAUUAUUGUGAUUUGGGAUUUUUGAUGCUUCCAUGUAAAAUCCUGAUGUGCCAGAAGUCCAUCCAGUUCCUGUCUGUAUCAUGCAUCCUGCUAUUACGUGCUGGAUUGUCUCAGGAGGACCGUCCCUAUUGAUUUAGAGCUGAGUGCUUGUUCUUGUCCUGCCAUGAUUAGAGCCUCAUGCUUUCCACCGGUCCUGCUAUUUUAAACCAAUUUCCCCGAGUCAGCCAUACCAUCUAUAGUAUCUGGCAGUGGUUCAUCCCAUUGAGAGGUUUUCUGAUGGCACUUCCUCAGUUAUUCUCAAAAUCUGCUGAUGUGUGAGAGACCCUUAACUUCAACACUGGAGGCAUGAUGUGUCAGGAUGGUGGUUUUGAUACUUAAUACUUUCCUGUAAAAAUAUAACACAAACAGGGGUUAAAGCAAAAAAAAAAAAUCCUGAGCCUGAACCUUUUCCUGGGGGCAGGGGGAGGGGGCAGCACAUGCAAAGCAUGCAAUGACUGUUGCAGCUUAAACAUUUGAAAGGAUACUAUGGCAAAGUUAUUUCUUUCCUUAUUGAAACUACUGCUAUAUCAUACACUUUGAAUUAUGAGCUAUAUCACCGCUUAUCAGCAUUAGGGGUGUGACAAUAUACUUAGAUCACGAGAUGAAACAAAAUACAGAUACUUGGUUCACUAGAACUAUGCUAUUUUUAAGAUAUUUUCAAUGACAAAAUAUUUGUCUUUUAAUUACAAAAAGUAAAAAUACAGUUUUAUUUUGAAAUAUUUUAACUAAUCUAGGGCUGUAACUAAUUUUGGUAAUCAAGUAAUCUACUGAUUAUUUUGACAAUUGAGUAAUCUGAUAUUUUUAUUAACACAAACAGACCUAAGUGAAAACCAGGCUGUAGUAUGAUUAUUUAUAUAUAAACUAACGAUGAGGCAAUAAUAAUUGGCUCAAAUAAAAUAUCAAAACCAAGUAAUUACAUGGUUUUAUUGAACAACACAGUUAAAAUACAUAAUGUAAUAUGCCUAUACAUAAUAUGAACAUAACCAAUUUAAGUAAAUUAUGUAUUAUAACAAAUACCUGCAGAGGGCGCCAACGGCCUGGUGACGUUUCGCUUUACAGAGUGAUUAAACGAUGUUUUAAUCCAAUAAAUUUUAAUAUUUGGACACAUGCAGAAACUUUUAUUUUGAAAUCGCGAUAUACAACAUGGCAUUUAGACAUAGGUUGAAGUAUUCUCCUGUGUUGGCAAAGGUUUAUAAAUGAUUUACGUUACAAAUCUAGUAAGAUAAUGCACAUUGUUUUCCCAGAUGAACUUUAAGCAAUUCUCACAGCAUAUAACUUACAGAGGAAGAGUUUAGCCCCUUUCACACAUACAGUCUUUACUGGUAAAUUACCGGAAGAAUUGCCAUUAAGAGAUCAUAUGUGAACAGGACCUUUUCAAAAAGCCCGGUAAAUUUGUACUGGCAAUCAUAUCGUUCUUAUGAAGAUGACACGAUUACUGUGAGCUGUUUACAAAGCUCCGCUGCUUUUUAAUUAGUUUUUCCAUGUAAAUAUGCGCUAAAUGGACUUUGACCAUCGCGCCUCGCAGCUUUUUAUCGCGCUUUCUCCAUUCAUCAGGACUGCGACUCUGCCUAUUAUGCGCGUCUCCUGUUUAUAAGAGCAAAAAUUCUGAUUGGCUAGUAAUGUUUGUAUGGUUGAGAGUGAAAGCUGUGCUCCUGUAAUACGAUUGGUAGGUGAACUCAUGGACUCGACAGUGAUAUCAAGUUUUUUUUUAAUGUAGGAUUUUUUUUCCCGCAGCCAAACGCUGCACGCCGGAGAACUUUAAGCCCUGCACAAAUAUGCAUUUUAUUGUUAGUAAUUGAAUUUUUUGGAAUGAAAAUAUUUUGAUGUACGCAAAAAAAAUGUUCUUAAAUUAGGAACAUGAAUAAAAAAUAAUGGCAGUGAAUCAAAAGCCCCUGUAUAUACAGUUUUUUUUUACACAAUAAAUAAUUACACAAAAAUACUUUAUACAGUGCAUGUCUUUUACCAUUAAAUCGUUAGAUUAAAAACAAUAAAACUAGCUAAUUCUGUUUCUUAUCACCUAUCUGCAAAUGUUUACAAUUAAGAUAAGAUCAGAUCAUAAAACCGAGAAUUAUCAUGUACUAGCUAUUAAAACAUUAUAAUUGAAAGAAACUGAACCGUGUUGGACUACAUGGAGUCAAGAGAUCUGUUGCUUAGGUAACUCUAGGCAAUGUUUAUUAUGUUUAAAAUCAGAAACCUCCAAUUUGUGCUUUGAAAUUGAAGGAAAAAAAGAUGGCCUAGUGUCUCUGAGUAAAGCAAACAUCUACACGUUACUAAACAUCACACGCUCAUAAUGAGAUUAGACAUGAGCUGUUUGCUUUAUCAAUAAAAAAAAUCCUUAUAUGAUUGGUUGGUUCUGCUCCAAAUUAGUGACUGUAAGUCUAUUGUGGAUUUAACCAUAUGCUACUUUACAAAAUGUUUGUAUGAAACAGGUUUUUGGCUUAUUUUGUAUGGAGACACUACAAUGUUGUAUUGCUAUAGGCUAGAGUUGUCACAAAUAAUUAUCCUCAUGAGCAGUAAUGGCCCAUGAACAUAACCAGGGGUUUAUACCUCUUUAGUACUCACAGGAAAUGAUCUUAGACCUGAAAUGGACCACUCUGAUGGUAAUAUGUAACCUCUUAACUCUUAAAUCUUUGACUGAUGUUUACAAAUCUCACAAGUAAUGCUUUAUUUAUUGAAUUACCUGAAAAAAAGACGGAUGAUGUAAAUAAAAUAUAAUUAACAUGAAUUAUACAGAAUCACAAUUAUAUCAUUUCAUACAUAAAACUGAAUAAUGUAAUAUAGUGGAACUUGAUUCUCAUCAUCCAUAAACUUGUUUUUGCUCUUUUCUAAGUGCACCCGUAAGUCUCAUUAGGAACCAGCUGGCUGCAUCAGAAAAAUAGUAAAGGCUCUAUCACUCUCUCUCUCUCUUUUAGUGAAACAGUGUAAUCUGAUAACCAGCACACAUCUAACCACACUAUAAAAACCCACUCACUGAUUACGAAAAAGCCACACGCAAGCCAAUACAGAGGAGAUUCCAAAUGGGUAAGAAUGGACCUCAUCAAAAGCCUCUUCAACAACUUAUUUUGUUUGUGUGUUAUUUAUACCUGAUGUUCUGAUCUGUUUCAUAAAAUUAGCCUUUUGUUUGAAGCUUGUGUGUAUGAAAGACAAUCAGAUGCUCUACUCUGUGUGUGUGUGUGUGUGUGUGUGAGAGAGAGAGAGAGAGAGUGUGUGUUUUAACAACUUAUCUCUUGUUUUUCGUAGUUUAUUUGCAGGAUGACUAAAAAAACUACAGAAAUGGCACAUAUCUCCAAAACGGAGUCAAAAUCUAGACAACAGUCAUAUGACAGCGUGAUGGAUGGGGACGAGAGCAACCAGAUAUCUGCAAAUGUUUUUGAGUGGACUAAGCAAGGAAACGUAGUCGCUCUGGAGAAGCACACCAGGUACCUGGACAUACGCGACAACAUCGGUGCCAGCCCAAUGCACUACGCCGCAUCCAUGGGACACUUUCGCAUCAUCAGACUAAUAGUGCAGAUCACUGAACAACAAGAGCUCAAUGCCAGGGAUGAGGAAGGGAAUACACCUCUUCAUUGGGCUGUGCAGAAGGACCAGCCAGGAAGCUGCUCUAUGCUUCUGACUCUGGGAGCAGAUCCUAACAUCCUAAACAACAGCCAACUGUCACCGCUACAUAUGGCGGUCAGCCUGGGUAAAAAUUUUGUGUUAGAGCAACUUGUCUCACAUAAACAAACUGAUGUGAACCUGGAAGGGGACUUGGCAAACACCCCUGUCAUUUUAGCUGCUUCUUUGGACAACCAUGAGGCUCUGGUCAUACUGUACAAACAUGGUGCAAAGUUCUGUCGUCAGAACAAGCUUGGCCAUUUUCCAAUUCAUGCUGCUGCUUUUGCAGGAGCAAAGAAAUCCAUGGAGGUCAUUCUUCUGAAAGGAGAAGAAGUUGGUCUUUCUAUUGACACCCAUAUAAACUAUGUGGAUAAAUCUUGCAGUAGUCCACUCCACCUGGCCGUACGUGGAGGAAAUCUUGACAUCAUUAAACUCUGUAUUGCAUAUGGAGCAAAAAUUGACCAGCAGCAGUGUGAUAAAUCCACUGCUCUCCACUUUGCGUGUAGUCAAGGUGCCACUGAGGUUGUUAAAGUCAUGUUCUCGGCUUAUCAUAAAGUGUGUGACCUUAUCAAUAUCACUGAUGGGGCCAACCAGACACCUCUACAUAAAGCAGCCAUUUUUGAUCAUUUUGAACUCUCCGAGUACCUUAUCUCACAGGGUGCUGACAUUGACUUUGUUGACUGCAAAGGCCAUUCUCCACUUCUUCUGGCAACAAGUUGCGGAGCAUGGAGAACUGUCAAUCUGCUCCUCUCCCAUGGAGCUGAUCUGACGAGAAAAGACAAAUCCGGAUGCAAUUUCUUGCAUCUGGCCAUCUUGCAGCCCAGGGGUCUGAAAAACCUGCCCACAGAGGUACUGCAGCACGAGAGUGUGAGAGUGCUUCUCAAUGAUGAGGAUAUUGAGGGCUGUACUCCUCUCCAUUACGCCUGCAGACUGGGAAUACCAGAGUCGGUGAAGAACAUGCUGGGAUUAGAGGUCUCGCUGGACCAUAAAUCCAAACAGAAGAAAUCUGCACUUCAUUUUGCGGCCGAAUAUGGGAGGAUCAACACAUGCCACAGACUUCUGGAGAUGGUGACAGACACCAGACUGCUGAAUGAGGGGGAUGAGAAAGGACUGACUCCACUGCACCUGGCCUCUCGUGGAGGUCACGUUAAAGUAGUUGGGCUUCUCCUACGCAAGGGGGCGCUGUUUCACAGUGACUAUAGAGGAUGGUCCUGCCUUCAUCAUGCUGCAUCUGAAGGAUACACACAGACCAUGGACACUUUGCUGACAUCUAACAUCAAACUUCUAAACAAAACCGAUGGAGAUGGGAACACAGCUUUGCAUCUGGCUGCUAGGGCAGGUCAUGUGGCAGCAGUAAGACUGCUGUUAUACAGAGGGGCCAAGAUCAUCCUCAACAAGAAUGAUGCCUCUUUCUUGCAUGAGGCCAUACAUAAUGGGAGGAAGGAGGUCACCAACACUGUGAUCGAGAGCGACAGAUGUGAAGAGGCAAUGACAACAUACAAACCUAACUCAACAAAACGUUGCAUCGUCAUGGACAUGAUUGAGUUUCUUCCAGAGUCCUUUAAACAUCUUCUAGACACUUGCAUAAAGGAAUCAGAGGAAGAUGUGAACAGCACCAAUUACUACAUUGAGUACAAUUUCAGGUGGCUUCAGCAUCCACUGCAAAACCUGAAAAAGACAGGCUUGGAAAAAGACAACACCUACAAACCUCUCAGCGCACUAAAUGCUAUGGUGAAUUUUAAUCGCAUCAGUUUGCUGACACAUCCAGUAUGCAAGAAAUAUUUGGAGAUGAAAUGGAAUGCAUACGGGAUCAAAGCACAUCUGCUCAAUAUGACUGUAUAUGCGCUGGGGGUGUUUCCUCUAACGUAUCUCAUUGUGAACCUGAAGCCCACACUGGUCACUGCAAGAAAUGUCACAUCAGUCAGCAUGGUCUGCACGUCCCUGUACAAGCAAUCCUAUAUAAUCACAACAUGCAUGCUCUUGGUUCUUGCAAUGAAUAUGUAUGCAGUUGGGAAAGAGAUCUUGCAAAUGAUUCAACAGCGGCUGAAUUAUUUGCGGGAUCUGUCUAACUACAUGGACUGGGCCGCUGCGAUCUGUUCUCUGGUGUUCGUGGUGCCGCUGCUGCUGAACGCGAAGAGCUCCUGGCACUGGCAGGCUGGAGCACUGGCAGCUCUGGCCUCCUGGAUGAACCUCCUCCUUUAUCUCCAGCGGUUUGAACGGAUUGGAAUAUAUGUGGUAAUGUUUCGGGAGAUCUCACGGACGCUCUUGAGCAUUAUUCUGCUGUUCUUCUACUUGAUAUUGGGAUUUGCUUUGGCCUUCUAUGCCUUGAUGAUCGAACAACAACAUUUUGGAAGGAUGUUCCUGUCACUGCUGCAGACCUUUGUCAUGAUGGUUGGAGAAAUCAACUACCAGGACAAUUUCUUGAAACCCUUCCUGCAAGGAGAUCUUCCUUUCCCCCUUUUGACACUGGCAAUCUUUAUUUGGUUUGUCUUACUCGUGCCUAUUCUUCUCAUGAACCUUCUAAUUGGUCUGGCUGUUGGUGACAUAGCAGAGGUUCAGACAAAUGCUUGUUUAAAGAGGAUUGCAAUGCAGAUUGAACUUCACACUAAUCUGGAGGAGCGUCUUCCCUAUUGGUUUAUGAAGCGGGUGGAUCAGGUCACCAUCAAGGAAUUCCCAAACAGAUGCUUCAGUGGAAAGAAAAGAUGGGUUUUCUGUGUGAAUGAGGUGAGGAGGUCCAGGACCCGUCUCAGUCCUACCUUCCACCAGUUAACUCCACUGGAAAGGGAGCUAACCAAACAGAAAUACAGGCUGAAGGAGAUGUCAGAGACCAUGGAAAAGCAACACAACCUGCUAAAGCUUGUAGUGCAGAAGAUGGAGAUCAGCUCUGAGGCUGAAGAACAUGACGGACCCCCGGUCUUUCAGGAGCUGAAAGAGAAACUCCUCACCAGGAGCAAAUGGGGUCCACUGCUCAGGGCAGUGACUGCCAGAAAGAAGGGAGUCUGCAAAUUCAUGAAAACGGCAUGAACAAGCCAUUGUUUUAACAGA